CCGCGGGCGCGGCGGCGGCGGCGGCCUGCGGCGGGCGGUGCGGCGCCGCUUCCCGGGACGGGACCGCCGGGCCGCCUCGCCCCGAACGCGCCGGCGGGACCCUCGGCGGGGCCUCGGGGCUGCGGAGCCGCCGGCCCGGCCUCCUCUGCCCGCCCCCGGCGUUUUAAAUGAUGCAUCUCCUGGGAGGAUUUCUACCGGUCGGCUCCGAGCAGGAAGUGUCGUCAGGAGGCCAUUUUUAAAGCCUCCUGCGGGCCUCGGAGUGUUGCCUGGAAUAUCAGAGAAUUGGAAACAACUAUAUUUUGGGAUUAUGUACCUACUCUGGUGGCAUAUAAGAAAAGAUAAUUAAGUCUGCUCCCAGGAAGUAGCUGCUUCUCUCCUAAUCACAAAGUAUAUUGAAGGAUGCCUCCUAAGGAUCUUAUCAUGUGAAAUCUUUCUGCAUUUCAAUGGACUCUUCUUAGAAAUGCAAAUAAAGAAGAUGAAGGAUAUUGGACAGCAAUUAUAUACUCCACAAGUGAAUGAUGGACCUAAUUCCUUGACCAUGUCACCCAAACAGCCUAAUGCUAACAGAGCAACUCGACCAGAUAGACAGGAAGCUCAGACUCUUUUGUAUCAAGGCUCAGAGGCAGAGGCUGCCAUGAUGACCAUUGCUACAUGUGUAAAAUGCAAAAGUGUUCACAAAAUCCCUCUUCAGGAUUUGAAAAAGGGUACUGGGCAAAGCCAGAAGGAAGACAGAUACGUUUGCUUCAAAUGCAACCUGGGCGUGGCUCCUCCCCAAUUUCAUUUUGUGAACAGUAAUCCCAGUGCUGCCCAUGUAGGAAAUAAAACUGAAACCAUUGCCAGUUCCGUCAGUAACAAAUUUAAGGUAAGGAACUUUAAGCCAGGCAAAUACUAUUGUGAUAAAUGUCGAUUUUCCACCAAGGACCCUCUGCAGUACAAAAAGCACACGCUUCAACAUGAGGAGAUUAAGUUCAUCUGUUCUCACUGCAGCUACAUUUCCUACACAAAAGGAGAGUUUCAGAGGCACUUGGUGAAACAUACAGGCAUAUUCCCCUAUCAGUGUGAGUACUGUGACUACGGUGCUAUUAGAAAUGAUUAUAUUGUCAAACACAGGAAGAGAGUACACGAGAGGGCUGGCGGAAAACGGCCGCCCAGAACUGUGGCCAAGCUGGAGCCCAAGAGAAUCAGCACAUCCAAACAAAACCCAGAGCUCGGAAAAGCUUCCCACCCAAGGACUACCUUCCAAAAUAAGUUGUCAGAUCAACUCUCAAGGUUCUCCCUCCACGCAAACAGAGACAAAAUGCACAACAUCAUGUUGUUACCUGAAUCAAGGGAAUACCAAAAAGAUGUGGUGUGUGUUCCAAAUAAAGCGCCCCUGUCGGAGCCAAACGAAGUCAGUCUGUUUGAGAACAGGAGUGUGGAGGUGGAAGUGUUGUCCCCCUCGCAGGAGCCCGUACAGCCAGGAAUGCCACUGACAGUUGUGGCCCCAGCGGAGCUUGUCGUCCCUGCAAACUGUUUAGCCCAGCUGAUAGAUGUGAAAGUUGUCAAUGGAACACAGCAGCUCGUCCUGAAGCUCUUUCCUCUGGAAGAAAAUAAUUGCCUUGAACCUGGUGGGCCCGAUGGAGGGAACUCUGAGCAUAUGACUAAAAAGGGUCCAAAUGAACGGGAGAAAAUGGUUUCUGUGGAACAAACAAAGUCACUAAUGAUUGAGGGGAGCGUCGGAAAACUUGCAGGUAAUCUUCAAUCAUCGGCUCAGAAGCAACUUAAAAAUGUGAAAUGGGUAAGCUCUUAUGACUUCUUCAUGUCAAAUUCUGGUGUGCACAACUAUGGAGAGUCCCUUCUCAGCUCUAAGACUGUGGAGAAUUUGCAGAAAAAAAGUAACAUGUAUCCACAUAGAACUCCGCUUCCUUCUCUUGCCUUAAAAGGUCAUUCUCCAUCAUCUGUAGCAAAAAACAGUGUUUUAUGUGGUCUUGGAACUGCACCAAACCCGUUUCCAUACAAAGCUGCAGUUUCUUUUACCGAAGAUGGAAGAAAUGUGCACAGUGACUCACAGCAUCUAUUUCCUCCUGCUGCAUCGCCUGCAGCCAUUUCUUUCUCUGGAGAAAAGAAUUUAUUGCCCAUGAGUCAAACUGACUUGGAAUCUAGAAGCGAGAUCAGUAUUCCUGUAAAAAUGGUUCCAUCUAAUAGGAGGUUGAAAGACAGCCAGACAGAGGAACAGAAGGCAGUUUCAAACAUAGGCCAGCUGUCCUCUCCACAUAAAAGUGAGUAUUUACACAUAAACAUAACAGGAGAAGACAGAACCAGGUCUCAACAGCCUGGGGAUAAACCUUUGGAACUAAAGAAUUCUGAAAGGACUAAUGACUCUUUUGAAGGCCCAAUCAUCUCUUCAGUAUUUUCUUUGAGCUCUGGAUCUGAAAAUGUCCCUGAGGGCGUUAAGUGGAAUAGUUCAACAUCCAAAAUAAAGUCAAUUGAACUCUUGCGCAGAAAGAUAGCUCAGUUAAUUGAAUCCUGUGGCAAGCCUUCAUCUUUGGCUGCAAAUAGUAUGCAUCGUCGUUCUGCAGGGCAGACAUCAAAGGUAACUUCGAAAGCUAACCCUGAAGAUAUUCAAAACAUUAAUGUGUCAUUUAGUGGCACUGACUAUUCCACAGACACUCUCCAAAAACCUCAGAAUGACUGUGGCCUUAAUGGACAACUUGCUCAUCAGCAAAUAUAUCCACAGUUUGUAGAAGGCAGCAAUGGGGAAACUGAAAGCAGAGUAGCCAGGAAGGCUCACGUUGCUACUCCAGUCCUGAUCCCCAAAGGGGCUGUCUUGAGGGUUCUUAAUUCCUCAGAGGAUGCCCACAUCAUCGAGGCUACCUGUGAAGCACCUGUCAGCAUCCCCUGCAGUAAGACACAGUUAACAAAACCUCUUCCGUUCUGCCCAGUGAAACAGACACACUCAGACUUAAAGCCUUUGACAAGUGAAAGUGGGCCAAUUGACAUGUCCCAAAAUCUUGACACAUCUGUUCGGCCUAAACCAAGAAAAGAGAGUGCUACUUGCAGCACCACCCCUAGAAAACUCGGACCCCUGCACAGACCACCAGGAAGCAGUGAAUUGAGCAAGCACGGGAAACUGCUUUCCAGAAGUCUUCCUAUAAGUAAAAAUAAAACCAAACAAGUAAACUCAUCCAAGAAGAGAAGCAAAAUUCAGGCUGAUCCCAGCCGCUGUCUCAAGGAUCCUUCCAUUUUUCAGGUGGCAAGACAACUUCGACUGAUAGCAGCCAAACCAGACCAGUUGAUUAAAUGCCCCCGGCGGAACCAGCCUGUCAUUGUGUUAAACCACCCUGACGUUGACUCGCCGGAAGUGACCAAUGUGAUGAAGGUAAUAAACAAGUACAAAGGCAACGUCCUCAAAGUUGUCUUGUCUGAGAGGACUAGGUGUCAGUUAGGCAUCAGACGGCAUCAUGUUCGGCUGACCUACCAGAACGCGGAGGAAGCCAGUCAAAUAAAAAGGCAAAUGAUGUUGAAAAUGAAACUUAAAAAAGUUCAUAGAAACAACUACCAGGUGGUGGAUUCGUUGCCUGACGACUCGGCACAGUGUAUAUUUAAGUGCUGGUUCUGCGGACGGCUGUAUGAAGACCAGGAAGAGUGGAUGAGCCACGGCCAGCGGCAUUUGAUAGAAGCCACUAGAGACUGGGAUGUUCUUUCCUCCAAGGGCAAAUAAGUUAAAAAUUGGUCUUCGAAGCAAAUUGUUUUUCUUACUUUUAGUUAAUUCUGGUUUGGAUUUUUUUUUUUUCCUCCCUGACUUAAUAGGAGAAACACAGGUUGUAGGAAUAGGAGGAUCGCUAAUUCCUCAGACCCCUUGAAGGAAUGUUGAGAGCCAGGAGUCUUGACCUGAGAGACAUGACUGGACUUGGAAGGUCUUCGAAGCUCCUGACAUAGUGCGCACAAAUUGAUGUACAUGCAUUUUCCUGGAGGGAAGAAGUGAAACUUUCAACAGAUUUCUAGUAGGAUCUGAGACUUUUCUUCGUUUAGCACCCUUUUUGUGAGUAGAUACAAGUCUUUUCUGUUCCAUGCAGAGGGCCAAGUUUAGAGAGUUUGACACAUGCUCUUCAUAUAGGAAAAUACUACUGAAGGAGUGAACCCAUGUCUUGGUGUGCACAUCCACUUUUUUUGUUUGUUUUGCAUUAACAUGUCUCCUGAAUAUUUGGUACCUAAUGGAAAUUAUAUUUUCUACCUUAA